GCCCAAUCUUGGUGUUAAAUUAGGGUUCUUCGCUUCUGUAUAAAACCAGUCAGUGCAAGCUUUCAUCACCGCCUCAUCCAAUUGUUCAAAGGCAACGAUAAACCCUAGCCUCGACGGCGAGGCUGAAUCAAUCGCCGACGGUCGUAAUUCUCCGUUGUGUUUUAUGUGAAUGUUAAUGGGUUACUGAAUUUGAAGUAGAAAAGUGAAAAUUGUGGAGAUGGAACAACUUCCGGCCUCAAAUUUACCAUCUAAACCAGGGAUUAAAGCUAAACCAAACAUUAAGAAGCUUCCAUCGCCGAGGGAAUUGAUAUCCCACUAUGAAUCUCAAGGGAUGGAGACUGAAGAAGCCUCCUUGAAGGUCAUAGAGGAUCUUCAGAAGGCAUUGUUUGGGGUAAUUUCCUCUGGUAGAGGUAAAAAGGAUAAGCUUUUAAGUGAUUCUUCUAGGAAGAUGGAUGCGGUUAAUAGCAGACUUGCCAUUCUUGACAUGAAGCUUGACUCAAAGCCUGGGUAUGUAGAGACUUUUGCAAUUGGGGUUGCCUCAGGCGCUGCCCUUAAAGGAAUUGGGGCUGUUUUGCCUCAUAUCAUUGGCCCUCUUUCUCAGAUUUGGAAUUCUGUAACUAUAGCCUCUAAAUCUUCUCCUCAAUGAUGUUUAAUUUGUCAAUAUGUACCAUUUGUAGUUGUGAUUGAAUAAAAUUUUGAUUCAGAACAAAUUAUUCUUCAAUACAGAAGUGCAAUUCCAGCUCCA